CGACGCUUCGAGUCCCAAAACGGUCAAACCGAAACCGAGCCACCUCUCGCCGUCGUCUCCGGUCGCCAACCCGUCCCACCCGUGACGUCAUGCCGACCGCCAACCUCAGGUCGCGCGCCGCCGCGGCCGCGGCCGCCGCCGCAUGCCUCGCGGCCCUCGCGGUGGCGGCUCUCCUCCACCGCCGGCGCAGACGGGGUCGCGCUCGCGCACCAGCCUCGCCCGGCCUCCUCGGGGGACGGCGAGGGCGCCGCCCGCGCCGAGCCUGCGAGGAGGAGGAGAAGCCGCAGGCCCGGUUCAGGCGCGUGGUCGCGGACAACUCCUACUCCGCCUUCAAGCACCUGCGCCGCCAGGGUGCUGGACCGGUUGGCUCCGGCCACCACGGCAGCGAGGCCCAGCCGACGUCUCAAGAGUCAUCACAAAAGGUGCAUCCAUUUGAGGAGGAAAUCACUUCCUUGCUGAACAACCCACCUGAUUUUCAGAAUUUUAUGCCUGGUGAUCGAUGCCCAGAAAUGAGCACUUCAUACAAUUGGGUCGAAACAGAUGCUCAGUUGGAGGACCUGGCUAGGUUGUUGGAUGAUGAAAAAGCUUUUGCUGUUGAUACAGAGCAACAUAGCCUUCGGUCAUUCUUGGGAUACACUGCACUAAUGCAGAUCUCUACCCAGAAGGCAGAUUAUUUAAUAGACACAAUAGCGCUGCAUGACGUGAUGAGCAUUCUACGACCAGUUUUUGCCAAUCCUUCAAUCUGUAAGAUCUUCCAUGGAGCUGACAAUGAUGUUCUUUGGCUUCAGAGAGACUUUCAUAUUUAUGUUGUGAAUAUGUUUGAUACUGCCAAGGCAUGUGAGGUUCUAUCAAAACCACAGAAGUCAUUAGCAUAUUUGCUUGAAUUAUAUUGUGGAGUGACCACAGACAAGACAAUGCAGCGUGAGGAUUGGAGAUUACGCCCACUAACACCAGAAAUGAUUCAGUAUGCCCGUUGUGAUGCGCAUUAUCUGUUGUACAUUGCAAAUUGUUUGGCAUCAGAGCUUCAUGCAAAAACUUACGAUGCUUCAGACUCUCCCAAUGACAAAAUCAAUUUUUUCUUCGAGGCCAGCCAUCGCUCAAAUAUGGUGUGUAUGCAACUGUAUGCAAAGGAAAUUGAAUGUCCACCAGGAGCAUCCUCUGCGGCGUCUAUUUUGUCAAAAAAUUUGCAAAGCCAUGGACUUGACUCCUAUAAAUCAAGUGAAGUGAAGGAUCUUGUUUGGAAAAUUUGUGCAUGGAGGGAUUUAAUGGCUCGCAUGCAUGAUGAGAGCUUACGGUAUGUCCUGUCAGACCAAGCUAUAGCUUCCCUUGCUGUUAGUGUUCCAAGAGGUCCAACUGAGGUGUGUUCUGCCAUAUUAGAAACUGAAACAAGCAAUUCAACUGUGUAUCCUUCCUUGCCGCCACCUUCACCUAUUGUUGUUGCUCACGCUGAAGAACUUCGCUAUCUGAUUGAGGACAUCACUGUCAGCAUGGAUGCCAUCUUUAAAAAUUUGCUUGAGAAGUACAAAGAUCCAAGUAGAUUAUGUCGACUAUCAGUUUUUAAUUAUAACCUUGUAUCACAGCUGAGUUUGAAGCAAAAAAAUAUGUUCUCCUUUGCAUCAAGUGGGGAGAAGUUGUUGAUGGCACCAACUAACAAAAAGGCUUCCCGGGAAUUAUUCAUUAAAAAGUUUUCAUGCAAGUCCCCAGUAUAUCACAAUUGCAGGAUCUACGCCAGUGAUGGAAGACUGCUUUGCUACUGUGACCGUAAAAAGUUGGAAUGGUAUAUUCAACGUAAUUUAGCAAAAUUAAUAGAAGAUAAUCCUCCAGCAAUUGUGCUCUUGUUUGAACCUAAGGGUCGCCCAGAGGAUGAGGAUAAUGACUUCUAUAUUCAGAGCAAGAAAAAUAUUUGUGUCGGAUGUGGAGAAAAGAGCCACUAUAUCAGAUAUAGAAUUAUACCAUCGUGCUACAGGAUGCAUUUUCCAGAGCAUCUGAAGAGCCAUCGUUCACAUGAUAUUGUACUUCUUUGCGUAGACUGCCAUGAAAUUGCUCAUUCAGCAGCUGAGAAGUACAAGAGGCAAAUAGCCAAAGAAUUUGGGGUGCCGCUUUUUGUACAGAAGAUAUUAAACUCAGGUGAUAUAAGUUUAAUAGCUGGUGCAUCAUUAUCUGAAGAUAAAUCAAAUGGAACAGGUGUGUCUCCUUUGCAGCUGAGGACUGCUGCAAUGGCCCUUUUAAGACAUGGAUCCAAUAUGCCUUUGAAGAGAUAUGAAGAGCUAAUGCAGAUUGUGAAGUCAUACUAUGGUGGUAGGGAUGUGACUCCUGAAGAUCUUGAGAUGGCAUUACUUGUUGGCAUGAGUCCCAAUGAGCGAAGGCGACAUUCAAAGAAAAAUGGUUUUUCUUACCGAUCCCAGGCUCAAAAUGUUAUUAGAAAAAGCAACAGCAACGGCAUUGUUGAGAAUAAUGAACAUGAUCCAGAAAAUGGAUAUGCUGAGCAAUUUUCUAAAAAUGGAGUUGAGAAUAACAGUCAUCCAGACAUUGAUGAGAAUAACAAUCAGCUAGGUAUUGAUGAACAUACCAGUCAGCCAGGCUCUGGGGGUAAUAAGAUACAUGGUCCAACUCUGAGCAAAGAAAGCACAAUCUAUCCACCCCGUAUGGCUAAUCCCAUUUCUGACUCUAGCAUUGAGGCAGACACCGUGCAGCAAGCAAGCUUAGGUGGUAAUCCUGCAAACGGUGAUCUUGACAGGGAUCCAUGCGGCAGUAACAAUUCUAACCAAGCCAUUCCCCAAAACGGUGACAAGAAGAUCUCCCUGUUAGGUCAUGGGCAUCACGGUAAACAGGUCGUGGAGCUUUUGCUUUCCAACGGUGGCGAGGAGGCCAUUAACCAGUUCAGCCAACGGUGGAGGCAGGUCUUCGUAGCUUCUCUUCACCCUCGUUAUUUGCCUUCGGGCUGGAAUAUAAAGCACAGUGGACGGCGGGAUUUUGGCGAUUUCAGUGUCUACAAGCCAUCAAAGAAACCUCCUGCUGCAGAUCAAUCCGAGACUUUAGCUGCUGCUGCUGUUGUACCCUGAGGUUCUAGUUUACAUUCGAAGUUACUUCCAUUUCAUUAAACCUGAACCUUGUACCUGUACUGUGCCCUUCUAUAUUCAUGUACUACCUUGUUUCUACAUCUGGAAAGAACUGGGUUACAUCUGUUUGUUCCCUCUGCCA